AGUUGCCGGUGGCUGCCGAGCCUGCCGACGCCGCGUCCCUGCCCGGGGAGUUCGGGUCCGGGGAAAUUCGCGCGGAAGCCAGAGACGCCGGGAGGGCUGUGGGCACGGCCGGAGGCCCCCAGUGCUGCCGAGUGGCGAGCAGGCGGGCGGGGCCGACGUGGCCGGGCUGCGAGAGCUCCGGGAGGCCGAGCGGGCGGCCGCGCUCGCAGGGAGGCGCCGGCCAGACGCGCCCCGCGGAGAAGACCCGGGCGGGGCGGGCGCUUCCCGGACUUUUGUCCGACUUGAGUCCCCUCCCCGUGGGCCGGGCCUUUCCGGCCGCCCCCGCCCCGCUCACUCCCGGGAGAUGUUUAUUUGGACUGUGGCGUGAGGAGCGGGCGGGCCGGCGGCGCGGAGUUUCGGGUCCGAGGAGCCUCGCGCGGCGCUGGAGAGAGACAAGAUGUCCGCCAGGGCCGCAGCCGCCAAGAACAUAACAAUGGAGGAAACAGCUAUAUGGGAACAACACACAGUGACACUUCACAGGGCUCCUGGAUUUGGAUUUGGAAUUGCAAUAUCUGGUGGAAGAGAUAAUCCUCAUUUUCAGAGUGGGGAAACAUCGAUAGUGAUUUCCGAUGUGUUGAAAGGAGGCCCCGCGGAAGGACAGCUGCAGGAAAACGAUCGAGUUGCAAUGGUUAAUGGAGUUUCAAUGGAUAAUGUAGAACACGCUUUUGCUGUUCAGCAACUAAGAAAAAGCGGGAAAAAUGCAAAAAUUACCAUUAGAAGGAAGAAAAAAGUUCAGAUACCAGUAAGUCGUCCUGAUCCUGAGCCAAUAUCUGAUAAUGAAGAAGAUAGUUACGAUGAGGAAGUACACGAUCCCAGAAGUAGCCGUGGUGGUCCAGCCAACAGAAGGAGUGAUAAGAACUGGGCGAGGGAUAGAAGUGCAAGUAGAGAAAGGAGCUUGUCACCACGGUCAGACAGGCGGUCACUGGCCUCCAGCCAGCCUGCCAGGCCCACCAAAGUCACGCUGGUGAAAUCCCGGAAAAACGAAGAAUAUGGUCUUCGAUUGGCCAGCCAUAUAUUUGUAAAGGAAAUUUCACAAGAUAGUUUGGCAGCAAGAGAUGGCAAUAUUCAAGAAGGCGAUGUUGUAUUGAAGAUAAAUGGUACCGUGACAGAAAAUAUGUCAUUGACAGACGCAAAGACAUUGAUAGAAAGGUCUAAAGGGAAGUUGAAAAUGGUGGUUCAGAGAGAUGAACGGGCAACCCUGCUGAACGUCCCUGACCUCUCUGACAGCAUCCACUCAGCCAAUGCCUCUGAGAGAGAUGACAUUUCAGAAAUUCAGUCACUAGCAUCAGAUCAUUCUGCUCGGUCACACGAUAGGCCUCCCCGCCGCAGCCAGUCUCGGUCUCCUGACCAGCGGUCAGAGCCUUCCGAUCACUCCAGACACUCUCCACAGCAGCCCAGCAAUGGCAGUCUGCGGAGCAGGGAGGAAGAGAGAAUUUCUAAACCUGGGGCCGUCUCAACUCCCGUGAAGCCCACAGAUGAUCACACACCUAAAGCAGUGGAGGAAGUGACAGUUGAAAGAAAUGAGAAACAAACGCCUGCCCUUCCAGAACCAAAGCCUGUGUAUGCGCAAGUGGGGCAGCCAGAUGUAGAUCUACCUGUCAGCCCCUCUGACGGCGUCCUCCCUAAUUCAACUCAUGAAGAUGGCAUUCUUCGGCCCAGCAUGAAAUUGGUAAAAUUCAGAAAAGGAGAUAGUGUGGGCUUGCGGCUGGCUGGAGGAAAUGACGUUGGAAUAUUUGUAGCUGGUGUUCUAGAAGACAGCCCUGCAGCCAAAGAAGGCUUAGAGGAAGGCGAUCAGAUUCUCAGGGUGAACAAUGUAGAUUUCACAAAUAUCAUAAGAGAAGAAGCUGUCCUUUUCCUGCUUGACCUUCCCAAAGGCGAAGAAGUGACCAUCCUGGCUCAGAAGAAGAAGGAUGUUUAUCGUCGCAUUGUAGAAUCUGACGUAGGAGAUUCUUUCUAUAUUAGGACCCAUUUUGAAUAUGAAAAGGAAUCUCCCUACGGACUUAGUUUUAACAAAGGAGAAGUGUUCCGUGUUGUGGAUACCUUGUAUAAUGGAAAACUGGGCUCUUGGCUUGCUAUUCGGAUUGGCAAAAAUCAUAAGGAGGUAGAACGAGGCAUCAUCCCCAACAAGAACAGAGCUGAGCAGCUAGCCAGUGUACAGUACACACUUCCAAAGACAGCAGGGGGAGACCGGGCUGACUUCUGGAGAUUCCGAGGUCUUCGCAGCUCCAAGAGAAAUCUUCGAAAAAGCAGAGAGGAUUUGUCAGCUCAGCCAGUUCAAACAAAGUUUCCAGCUUAUGAAAGGGUAGUUCUUCGAGAAGCUGGAUUUCUGAGGCCUGUAACCAUCUUUGGACCAAUAGCUGAUGUUGCCAGAGAAAAGUUGGCAAGAGAAGAACCAGACAUUUACCAGAUUGCAAAAAGUGAACCACGAGAUGCUGGAACUGACCAACGUAGCUCUGGCAUUAUUCGUCUUCAUACAAUAAAGCAAAUUAUAGAUCAAGACAAACAUGCUUUAUUAGAUGUAACACCAAAUGCAGUCGAUCGUCUUAAUUAUGCCCAGUGGUAUCCAAUUGUUGUAUUCCUUAACCCUGAUUCUAAGCAAGGUGUGAAAACGAUGAGAAUGAGAUUAUGUCCAGAGUCUCGGAAAAGUGCCAGGAAAUUAUAUGAGCGAUCUCAUAAACUUCGUAAAAAUAACCACCAUCUUUUCACAACUACCAUUAACUUAAAUUCAAUGAAUGACGGUUGGUACGGUGCACUGAAAGAGGCAAUUCAGCAGCAGCAGAACCAGCUGGUCUGGGUUUCUGAGGGCAAGGCGGAUGGUGCUACAAGUGAUGACCUUGAUUUGCAUGACGAUCGUCUGUCCUACCUGUCAGCCCCAGGUAGUGAAUACUCAAUGUAUAGCACGGACAGUAGACACACUUCUGACUAUGAAGACACAGAUACAGAAGGCGGGGCCUACACUGAUCAAGAACUAGAUGAAACUCUUAAUGAUGAGGUUGGGACUCCCCCGGAGUCUGCCAUUACAAGGUCCUCUGAGCCUGUAAGAGAGGACUCCUCUGGAAUGCAUCAUGAAAACCAAACAUAUCCUCCUUACUCACCACAAGCGCAGCCACAGCCAGUUCAUAGAAUAGACUCCCCUGGAUUUAAGACAGCCUCUCAACAGAAAGCAGAAGCCUCAUCUCCAGUCCCUUACCUUUCGCCUGAAACACACCCAGCGUCAUCAGCCCCUGCUGUUAACCAUAAUGUCAGUUUGAGUAAGGUCAGACUGGAGGAGCCCACUCCGGCUCCUUCCGCCUCUCACUCACCACAAACUGACUCUUUAAGAGCACCACGUGCUGAGGCAGCUCACAUAAUGCUAAGGGACCAAGUGCCGUCAUUGCCGCCGCAUGCAGAGCCAGCAAAGGCAUAUAGAAAGGAUCCAUAUCCUGAAGAAAUGAUGAGACAGAAUCAUGUUUUGAAACAGCCACCUGUUGGUCACCCAGGGCAGAGGCCAGACAGAGACCCUAAUCUGACCUAUGAACCCCAAAUCCCAUAUGUAGAGAAACAAGCCAGCAGAGACUUUGAGCAGCCCUCAUACAGAUACGACUCCUCGAGCUACCCAGACCAGUUUGCUCGAAACUACGAGCAUCAUGUGCGCUAUGAGGAUCGCGUCCCUGCGUAUGAGGAACAGUGGUCAUACUGUGAUGACAGACAGUCAUCCUACCCGCCUCGGCCUUCUUUUGAUAAUCAACACCCUCGAGACCUCGACUCCAGACAGCAUCCUGAAGAGUCCUCAGAACAAGGGUAUUUCCCACGCUUUGAAGAGCCAACCUAUGACGGUAGACCACGUUACGAACAGCCACCUAGAACUUCCGCAGGACGCCAUGACGAGCAGCCGACUCCUGGAUAUGAUGUGCACAGCAGAUACAGAGCAGAAGCACAGCCCUACCCCUCAGCAGGUCCUAAGUCAUCUGAACCCAAGCAGUAUUUUGAGCCGUAUCCACGGAGCUAUGAGCAAGUCCCAUCGCCAGGGUUUGCCCCUAAAGCAGGCCACUAUGACUCUCACCACAGUGCUGUGGUUCCUCCUCUGGUACCUUCAUCUCAACAUAAGCCAGAAACUCUGCCUUCAAACACCAAGCCGCUGCCUCCACCCCCAUCUCUGACUGAAGACGAGGAAGACCCCGCGAUGAAGCCACAGUCUGUGCUCACCAGAGUUAAAAUGUUUGAAAACAAAAGGUCUGCAUCACUGGAGACCAAGAAGGAUGUGAACGACACUGCCAGUUUUAAGCCUCCAGAAGUAACAUCUAAACCACCAAGUGUUCCCAUCAUUGGUUCCAAACCCACUCCUCAGAAUCAAUUCAGUGAGCAUGACAAAACUCUGUACAGAAUCCCAGAACCUCAGAAACCUCAGCCGAAGCCACCUGAAGACAUUGUCCGAUCAAAUCAUUAUGACCCUGAGGAGGAUGAAGAGUACUACCGAAAACAGCUCUCGUACUUUGACCGGAGAAGCUUCGAGAGCAAGCCUCCUGCACACAUUCCUGCCAGCCACGUCCCAGAGCCUGCCAGACCAGCUCAUUCUCAGAGUCAAUCAAAUUUUCCUAGUUACUCUUCAAAGGGAAAGCCGCCUGAAGCUGAUGCGGCCGACAGGCGCUACGACCCAGUCCAGGCCACUCCCCCGCCCCCUCCACUGCCCUCACAGUACACCCAGCCGCCUCAGCUGUCAGCUGUCAGCAGCUCCUCCCUCCACGCGCAUUCCAAGGGAGCACAUAGUGAAGGUAAUUCAGUGUCAUUGGAUUUUCAGAACUCUGUAGUGUCCAAACCAGACCCACCUCCAUCGCAGAAUAAGCCAGCAACUUUCAGACCACCAAACCGAGAAGACACUGCUCAACCUGCUUUCUAUCCCCAGAAAAGUUUUCCAGAGAAAGCUCCAGUGAAUGGUGCUGAACAGACUCAGAAAACAGUCACUCCAACAUACAAUCGAUUCACACCAAAACCAUACACGAGUUCUGCUCGACCAUUUGAACGCAAGUUUGAGAGUCCUAAAUUCAAUCACAAUCUUCUGCCAAGUGAAACUGCACAUAAACUUGAUUUAUCUUCAAAAGCCCCCACUUCGCCAAAAACUCUUAUGAAAUCACACAGUUCAACGCAGCCUCCUGAGUUUGACAGUGGAGUUGAAACUUUUUCUAUCCAUGCAGAUAAACCUAAAUACCAGAUAAAUAAUAUCAGCACAGUGCCUAAAGCCAUUCCUGUGAGUCCUUCAGCUGUGGAAGAAGAUGAAGAUGAAGAUGGUCACACUGUGGUGGCCACAGCCCGAGGCAUCUUCAACAGCAACGGUGGGGUGCUGAGCUCCAUAGAAACUGGUGUUAGUAUAAUUAUCCCACAAGGAGCCAUCCCUGAAGGAAUUGAGCAGGAAAUCUAUUUCAAGGUCUGCAGAGACAACAGCAUCCUCCCACCUUUAGAUAAAGAGAAAGGUGAAACCCUGCUGAGUCCCUUAGUGAUGUGUGGGCCCCAUGGCCUCAAGUUCCUGAAGCCUGUGGAGCUGCGCCUGCCACACUGUGCGUCCAUGACUCCUGACGGUUGGUCUUUUGCUCUAAAAUCAUCCGACUCCUCGUCGGGUGAUCCUAAAACCUGGCAAAACAAGUGUCUUCCUGGAGAUCCAAAUUACCUUGUUGGAGCAAACUGUGUUUCUGUCCUGAUUGACCACUUUUAACUCUUAAAAUAUAGGAACUUGAUUAAAUAAUGUGAAACUGGGUUAAACUUACUAAAGCUAAAUGGAACCACUUUAUCAAGUAUUAUACUUUCCUUAGAAUUGAUGCUAUAAUUUGCUAGUAUUAAGCGUUUGUUUGAACUGCUGAAGAUUAGUGAGCACACCCCUGAACCAUGGUCAGGAAACAUGCUGCAAACCGCAUGUUUGUGAUUGAUGAACUGCUGAUGUUGGCUACAGGUUCGAAGAUAUUUUGCUUUGUGAUUUUUGUAAUUUUUUAUGGUCAUUGCUUGACUUCACAUACUGAUUUCCGUUAAAAUACCAGCUGGUAAAUUGGGGGUGCAUUUGAGUUCUGUUCUUUCCAAAGUACACUGUUUCAAACUUUAUUAUGGCCUUGGUCUAGCAUACGUACACAUUUUAUUUUAUUAUGCAUGAGGUAAUAUGUACACAUUUUUUAAAAUACACCUGGAAUAUAUAACGAGUAUAGUGGAUUUAACAGAAAUGUACAGCAAGGGGAAUUUAUAAUUGGGGGGGAGGGGAGUCAAGUGAAGACAAUUACUUAUUGUAUAUGAACACACAUUUUUCUUAGGGAAGGACACCAAAGCAUGUGAGACUGGUUCCAUGGCCUCUUUGAAUCUAUAAAUUAAUCAUAUCACCACAGACAUACUAACCAGCAGGAAUGCCUUACCCUCAUGUUUUUAAUUCUUAGAUCAUUCUCUCUGUGUAUUACUAAGUUUUUAUGGCUUUUGUGUACAUCUAGAUACUGUAUCAUGAAAAAGAUUGAGUAAAUUGUGGAUUGGUGGUUUCAGAAAUGUAUACUACCAAAAAGAAAAUAAUGGUGUGAUUUGGGAUUUUUUUUUAAAGGAGCAGUGGUUGUUUUCUGUUCUUUUUGGCUAUGCAUUUGAAAAUUUUGAUGUUUUAAGGAUACUUGUACAUAACGCGUGCAUACCACUUUUGUUCUUGGUUUGUAAAUUAACUUUUAUAAACUUUACCUUUUUUAUACAUAAACAAAACCAAGUUUCUAAAGACUUACCUUUGUAUUCUCUCCUGUACCUCUUGAGCCUUGAACUUUGACCUCUGCAGCAAUAAAGCAGCAUUUCUAUGACACACAAGGUCAUUUUUUUAAGAAAAAGAAUGCACAGAGUUGUUACAUUUUUAAGUGCUGCAUUUAAAAGAUACAGUUACUCAGAAUUCUCUAGUUUGAUUAAAUUCUUGCAAAGUAUCCCUACUGUAAUUUGUGAUACAAUGCUGUGCCCUAAAGUGUAUUUUUUUUACUAAUAGACAAUUUAUUAUGGCACAUCAGCACGAUUCCUGUUUAGAUAAUACACCACUACAUUCUGUUAAUCACUAGGUGUGACUGAAUUUCUUUUGCAGUUAUUAAAACUCAAAUUUCUAAAUCUGCAAAAUAAAACUUUUUAAAAUAAA